AUGUCAGUUCUGCUAGCGGACGAAAAUACGUAUAAAGUAUUGAACAAGAGUCCGAUUAAAAAAUUAACUAACAAUCUUCAUGAUCUCUUAGUGAGGUGGAGAUCGCGCGAUUACAUCUCCGUUGCGAAAUAUAGAUCUUUGAAUUGUACAGAUGGUGUCUUACCGAGGGCUUAUGGGCUGCCAAAAAUUCAUAAGAAAAACAACCCUUUACGUGUUAUAGUCUCAUCUAAGAACACACCACUCUAUGGUCUCGCCAAGUUUUUACACGAUAUUAUUUACAAGUCUGUUCCGCGACCGGACAGCCAAGUUAUUAACAGCGCUCAAGUGGUGGAUAGACUGAAUGGCAGACGUAUUGAUGACAAUAUAAAAUUGAUCUCGUUAGAUGUCAUCUCAUUAUUCACGAAUAUACCGUUGGAUCUGGCGAUUGAUAGCCUGUCGAAUAGAUGGGACUAUAUAGGAGGCAAUUGUCAGAUACCUCGUGAUGAGUUUUUAACAGCAGUUCGCUUCGUCUUGAACUCUACAUUUUUUAUGUUCAACGGCGUCUGCUAUCAACAAACAUUUGGCACACCCAUGGGCUCUCCUCUUUCGCCGAUUAUCGCUGAGAUCACGCUCCAAGAUUUAGAGUCGAAGGCCAUCGCGACUCUACCAGUGGAUCUCCCAUUCUACUUUAGAUAUGUUGACGACGUUGUGUUGGCGGCUCCCUCCUCAAUGCUUAACACCAUUCUGAACACGUUCAACUCGUUCCACACAAGGAUGCAGUUCACCAUGGAGGAGGGUGUCGACAAUCGCCUGAAUUUCCUUGACGUCACCAUUAUUUUAGAGCAUGGACUUAUUUAUUUCAACUGGUUUCAUAAACCGACUUUUUCGGGGAAAUACCUCCACUUUGAGUCGCGACACCCCCUUUGCCAAAAGAGGGGCACGAUAAUCGGUCUAACCGAUAAAGUUUUUCGGCUUUCUCAUCCGAGAUUUCAUAAGGAGAAUUUCGAAUUCAUUAUUGACAUUCUCUUGAAUAAUGGAUUCAACAAUAGAUUGGAUAAUACUUUGACUGCAGAUAACAAUGAGGUUGACGGUGUUGAUGGAGGGGGGAGGAUCUCAUAUUUCAAUGUUCCGUACGUUAAGAACUUUUCCGACCGUUUCCGACAAUGCGUUAGAGAUCUAGAGGUGAAACUUUUCUACACUGGAAUAAAUAAUUUGCGCCGUUUCAUUAAAGUUGGCAAAGACAGGUUAGAUAAGGACUCUCGCAACAACAUAGUCUAUAAGAUCAACUGCAUGGAUUGCAACGCUUCCUAUGUGGGACAAACGGGACGUUUGUUGAAGACCAGGCUCAAGGAACAUAAAAAGAACCUCACGUCUGUCAUUGCCGAACACAGAGCUCUGGAUCACACGCUCGAUUUUGAUGGCGUUGAGAUUUUGGAUGAGGAGGCAUUUCUGGGGAGGAGAUUGAUAUCGGAGAUGAUCCAUAUUAAACGUCAAAGAAAUGCAUUAAAUCUCCAGAACGACACCUUAAAGCUGAAUGCUUCUUGUCUAUCGAUAAUCGAUAAUAUAUCGAAGAUUUGA